AUGAAAAUCGCGUUUGCGACUUUCCUUACUCUCUUUACCCUCUUCUCUGUUACUUUUGCGUCUUCAGGGGAUAGAUCUCCACUAUUUACGGGAUGUGUAGGCCGCUGCAAUGUCCAUCACUGCGGAAUGAACGAAGUAGGGCUCAAGGUCUGGCUUCGAGUGACACGCUGGUCGUGCGUAGAUGACUGCAAAUAUCUAUGCAUGGCAGAAAUCACCGACACAGACGUCCGAAAUGGGAAGCCAUUACAACAAUAUUACGGAAAAUGGCCGUUCUACCGGUUUCUAGGCAUGCAAGAGCCAGCCUCGGUCGUGUUUUCGCUUCUCAAUUUAUGGGCUCACAAACGCGGGAGGGAAGCAAUCAGGAGGAAGAUUUCUGAGCAUCAUCCUAUGAGACCUUACUAUCUCAUGUGGUCGGCGAUUAGCAUAAACGCCUGGUUUUGGUCUGGUAUAUUCCACACAAGAGAUACCCCUCGCACUGAGAAACUGGAUUACUUUUCCGCCGCACUUUCGAUUCUUUAUGGUCUAUAUAUUGCUAUCCUUCGCCUCUUUCACCUAUACCCGCUGCCUCAAACGUCGCGACUGACAUUGUCCGCAAAACCAUCCCAACCAUCCAACUCAUGGAAACGCAUAUCCAUAACAAUCCUUUUCUCAAUAAUGUACAUCGCCCAUGUUUCAUAUUUGCUAUUUCUCCCUCGCUUUGACUAUACCUAUAACAUCGUCUUCAACACCGUCCUAGGCGUCAGCCAUAAUAUAUUGUGGGCAAUCUAUGCCCUGCCGACAUCUAUGUCCUUCAUUCGCCGAUUCCCUUCUCAGCCAAAAUCUUAUCGACCCAAGUUCGUCAGCAAGGCCGCGUGGUUUGUCGUUUUGAUGACCGCCGCAACAAGCCUCGAAUUAUUUGACUUCCAGCCUUGGGCAAGAACUAUCGACGCGCAUUCCCUAUGGCACCUCGCUACAGCUCCGAUUGCCUUCCUGUGGUACCAAUUCUUGAUUGAAGACUCUAAUGAUAUAAGCUGGAGAGAGCAGAGGCUGUAA